AUGGUCAAGAAAUAUCUUGCUUCAGGAAGAGAGGGUGUCGAGAAUGGCCCCCAAAUAUCACAGUAUUUUGUUGGAGGAUUGAUGAGAGUCAGGAGACGUGCAUAUUGGUCAGCUGACAAAGCAGGGAUGCCUGGUGGGAUGGACCGAGUCACGGAUCAAGUGAUUGGUCUGGAUAGUUUUUUCUCCGGCUUGUAUCAACUUCAAGUCCAUCAGCAGCCUUCAGUGACACGUAAAGCUCUCUGCAAUAAAGCUUUUUUAGAUAUUUGGCAUUGUCGGCUAGGUCAUCCUAGGAUAGCUCGUUUUAAGUUUUUAUGUCGUACUUUUGAUUACAUUCAUUCUAGUUCUUCUACCUUCUAUGAUUCUGAUAAUGGGACAGAGUUUCUUUCUCGUGAUAUUCAAUCUUGUUUUGCUGAAAAGAAUAUUCACCAUCAGCGCAGUUGUGUCUCUACUCCACAGCAAAAUGGGGUAGUCGAACGCAAACAUCGCCACUUACUCAAUGUGGCUAGGGCAUUACGUUUUCAAGCCAAUUUGCCCAUUACUUACCGGGAAGAAUUUUUCUUCUUGUUUAAGAUCCAUAGAGUUUGGUCAUCAUCAACAGAAACCCAUAUUUAUAACUUACCACCCUCUCCACCGACGUUUCCAAUAAUUGGCAACCUUCACCAGCUAGGAACAUUAGCUCAUAGAUCCUUACGAGAGCUUUCUCAAAAGUAUGGGCCCUUAAUGUUCUUGCAAUUGGGUCAAUCUCCGAUUCUUGUGGUUUCAUCUGUAGAAAUGGCUAAAGAGAUAAUGAAGAACCAAGAUCUUGCCUUUGCAAACAGACCUCCUCUCACCGCCGCUAAAGCGCUUGUUUAUGGAUCUACUGAUAUUGCCCUUGCCCCUUAUGGUGAAUAUUGGAGACAAGUGAAAAAGAUUGCUGUUGUUGAGCUAUUCAGUGUCAAAAGAGUUCAAUCAUUUAAGCAUGUGAGAGUAGAAGAAGUAGAUAUUGUGACAGAGAAGAUAUAUAGUUUAUGUUCUUCAAGGGGAGACAGUGCACAAGUAGUAAAUAUUACCGAAAUACUGCUUACUCUCACAAACAACAUAGUUUCAAGGUGUGCUCUUGGUGUCAGGUAUGAAACUGCUCACGGAAACAGAUUCCCUAAAAUGUCAAGUAACUUUUUGGGGUUGUUUAGUGCUUUUAGUUUUGGUGAUUUCUUCCCUUCUAUCGGUUGGAUGGAUGCUGUUACUGGACUAUCUAGUAAGUUCGAGAAGGCGUUUCAAGAAGUAGAUAGAUUUUUAGAUCAAGUCAUUGACGACCAUCUCCUCCGUCAUUCCAAAUUGGAAGCUGAUAACGGUCAGGUAGAAGACAGUGAUGAACUAGACGUGACGGAUAUUCUUAUCCUUUCUCAGGAGAACUAUAAGAAUCUCUCUCGUAAUAAUAUCAAAGCAAUACUAAUGGAUAUGUUUAUUGGUGGAAGUGAUACAUCAGCAAGAACAAUGGAAUGGGCAAUGGCAGAGCUUAUAAAGAAUCCGAAAGUGAUGCAGAAAGCACAAGAUGAGGUGAGAGGAGUUGUCGGAAAGAAGUCUACGGUUGGAGAAGACGACAUUCAUCAAAUGGACUACUUGAAAUGUAUUGUGAAGGAGAUAUUACGACUACAUCCUUCUCUUCCUAAUUUAAUUCCUAGGGCAACAACUAAGAGAACCCAGUUAGCAGGUUACGAUAUCCCUCCAGAUACAACAGUUUUCAUCAAUGCAUGGGCAAUCCAUAGAGAUCCUACCGUAUGGGACGACGCAGAAGAAUUUCGACCUGAGAGAUUUAUUAACAACCCAAUCGAUUUCAAGGGUCAAGAUUUCCAAUUCAUUCCGUUUGGUUCAGGAAGAAGAGGGUGUCCUGGGAUUUCGUUUGCCAUGGCAAUUGUCGAGUUUGCUCUUGCGAACCUCUUGUACCACUUCAAUUGGGAGCUUCCUGAUGGUGAAAAAAGGGAGGAACUUGACAUGACUGAGCAUUUUGGUCUUAGUGCUUGUAAGAAAACCCCUCUUUGUAUUGUUCCGACAAUUUACUCAUCGGGUCAGCUGUAAUGAAGAUGCAAAG